UUUGGCCCUUAACUUCAGCAAUGCACAGUCAGUCACGCUGUAGCUCAAAAUUAUUCAACUCAGUACAUUCUCUGCUUUCAAGUGUUGAUUUGGGAUGGUGUGGACAAGCAGAAUUUGUUUCCGGAAGUAUGGCAAUUUUGUGGAUAAUGUAAGGCUGUAUGUCAGAGGUGGUACCGGAGGAAUGGGUUUGCCCCGUUUAGGCGGACAUGGAGGGGAUGGUGGAGAUGUAUGGGUGGUGGCCAAAAAAGACACUAGAUUGAAGCAAAUUAAAGACAAGCAUCCUGACAAACGGUUUAUUGCUGGUGUUGGUUCAAACAGCAGCAUUCAAUCUCUGCGAGGCGCUAAAGGAGAAGAUAUUGAGGUCUUUGCACCCACAGGGAUCAGUGUUACAUCGGAUCAUGGGAAAAUGCUAGGAGAGCUUAACCGUGAAGGAGACAAGCUUUUGGUGGCGAAAGGUGGUCGUGGUGGCUCUCCACAAUCAGGGUUCUUGCCUAAUAAAGGCCAAACCAGAAAUAUCCGGCUGGACCUCAAACUCAUUGCAGAUCUCGGACUUGUAGGGUUUCCUAAUGCAGGCAAAUCUUCCUUGCUGACUGCCUUGUCUCAUGCUAAACCAAAUAUCGCCAACUAUGCCUUCACGACGUUAAAACCUGAAAUUGGAAAGGUCAUGUAUGAUGACCACAAGCAGGUUUCAGUAGCAGAUUUACCAGGACUCAUUGAAGGUGCUCAUAUGAAUAAAGGCAUGGGACACAAAUUUCUCAAGCAUGUUGAGAGAACCAAACAGCUCAUGUUUGUGGUUGACGUCUGUGGGUUUCAGCUUGCUAGUAAUACCCCUUUUAGGUCUGCGUUUGAAACCGUACUGCUUUUAUCCAAGGAGCUGGAGUUGUAUAAGGAGGGACUGUUAAGCAAGCCAGCCAUCCUGGUCAUAAAUAAAAUGGAUCUCCCAGAGGCUCAAAGUCAUUUUCAAGAGCUAGAAGCUCACUUGGAGAACAAGGAAGAAUCAAUCCAUCUUUUUGCUGAAGACGUCAUCCCUAAAAGCCUAAUGCAUUUCACUCACAUCGUCCCAGUGUCUGCCAUGACUGGUCUUGGAUUGCCCUUGCUCAAGUCCCUGAUCCGCCAGUCGCUUGAGGAGCAGGACACCAUAGACACUGAGGCUCAGCGCAAUCAGAAGAUCUUAGAGCUAAGAAGGGAGAUUCCUCCUUCAUCCAUACCCAGCUGGGGUGUGCCACAACCCACCUGAGCUCACACUUGUACGUUUGUGUAUGAAAUUCUGGUGAUCAUUUGUGGACAUGGGAAAUCUGAAGCAUGCGAUUGAAGUGCAUUAAGUGGAUCACAAAUGCUUAACAAAUCAGUCUAUGUUGAAUAGAUGUUUUACUGUUUCCCUCUGACAUCAAAAUGUCUAUUUUUGGUAAACUUUCAGGUAAUGUUCUUGAAGAUGGUUUAGGCUUCUUUCAGUCUUAUCAGGCUGAUUUGACUUGCUGGAGUUAAAGUGGAUUUGGAAACAGGUUAGCUGGUAUGAAUAAUUCAUUCUGUUAAAGUGAAAAUCUUGCCAUUGGAUUAUGGCUGAGAAACAAAACGUGUUUGGCUCUUGAAAAGCUACAUAUAUAUAAUGAGAAAACCAGAAUCCUCAGAUUUUUCUUAUGUCUUGGAGGUUUUUUGAACUUUGCUAAAAGUGUAGGU